AGUUAAUUUCCUUCUUCCAUUGCUAACACAACCACCCACAACAACUUCACAAUGGCUUUAAAGCUAUCACUUUUUGCCGUGAUGGCAAUAAUUAUCUUGGGUGCCGAGUCUCGCCCUCAGCUACCACAAAUCCCUCGGGAAUUCCAAAAUAUUAAUUUUGAGCAGUAUUUACGGAAUGAACGUGCCAUGAAGUUCCAGUUGAAAUGCAUAAUUUACAAUGGGCCAUGUGACACGAUUGGAAAAUUCAUUAAGCGAAAUAUUCCCAUCUACCUCCGAACCCAGUGCAAAAACUGUGACGAAGAUCAGAAAAAGUUGGCCGGUAAAUUUAUCCUCUUUCUCCAAGAAAACUAUCCAAAAGAGUGGGACGAUGCCCUCGUCAAAUAUGGAAAAAAUACCUACACGCCGGAAGAAAUUUCUCAAUUUGAAGAGGAACUUGGGGUCAAAAUUAUCCGAGAUAAGAACGGCCCAACCAGAGCCCCUGGAGAGAAGCCAAACAUUGAUGGACUCAUUGCUCUAACGAAGGAAGGAUUGAAUGCCGCUCUUAACACGAAAGCCCCACUAAUUUUGGGUCAGAUCGGGUCUGCCACGACCAUCGUGGUGGCGAAGGGCACUGUUCCCCCACAAUUGGCGCAGUAUGUCACGUCCCAAACUACGACGACUGCUUCUUCUCCUACGACGCCUGUGACAACGACGUCGUCAUCUUCGACUCCCACGGAAACAGCCCAACCUUUAGGAGAAGGACAAACAGACGUGACUUCGAUUACUGAGGACGGGGUCACCGAUACUACGGAUCAAGCACCGACGACCGAAGCCUAACGGUUUUCAUGCUAAGUGUGAAGUUAAUAAUUAACGGGUAAUUAUUUAGCUAAUUGUAAUCAAAGUCAAACUGAAAUUUGGAUUACAUUGUUGAAUUUGUGAUAAUCAUUUCUUUAUGUCUGAUCGUAAUAAAUUAAAUUAUGGAAUUUUUCAUGGUUAUGAAUA